CAGCCGUCUGCUGGCAAACACCACAAAUCCAGCCCAGUCCAGCCAACGACCCAGCCAAGCCCAUUCAGUCCAAAAACAAAUACCCCACCGACGCCACGGACGACCCUGAUCCCCACCAAGCUGAAAAAAAAACCAGAGUGACAGCGCAGCAUCGCCCAGGCUGAAAAAAAAGCGCCUCUUGAACCCACUGUGCACGUACCUGUACUUAGGCGGCGUCAUAUAGUCACGAGACGGGAAAAGAAGGCUGAGAAGGGUAGGGAAGAGACAGGGGGAAGAAGACUACGAGGACACUACGCACGGGCAAGAAGGAUAAAGACAAGGGGGUUAUUGUGGAGUCACGGGUUUUUGGAGAUUUGAGAUCCGGAGGGAUAUUUUUUGUGGGGUCAGAGAGAGAGAGAGGUCGCGCAGAAGUCACGGGUUUUUUGAGGAUAUCGAGAACGGAGAAACAGAGGUUGAAGCAUCGUCACGAGACGAGACUUGUUACUAUCAAACCAUCACCCACGAUACACACCCCAACCCCAGCAAAAAUGCCUACAGUCCUCCCACCCUCAGGCAACCCGCUCGUCUUCCUCGACAUAACAAUAGGCGGACAACCCCUAACCCGCCUCCCCCUCGAGCUCUACCCCACCCCCACCUCCCCCCCCUUCCAUCUCCAAUGCGUCUCCGCCCCCCCCGGCUACAAAAACAGCCGCAUCACGCGCAUCAUGCCCGGCAUCGGGAUCUACGGCGGUUCCGACUCUGCCGCCCCUGCCCACGCACCUCAGCAGUUCGCUGGGCCAGGGACGACGGGGAGAGUUCUGGAAGAAGGGGAGUUGGCGUGGGCGGGUGCGGGGGGGCCGGGAGGGGGGAGAGGAGGGGGGGGAGAGGGGAAUGCGUAUGUGAUUUCGUUGGGGGGGGCGAGGGGGGAGCCGAUUGGGAGGGUGUUUGGGGAGGGGGGGUUGGAGGGGUUGAGGAUGUUGGGGAGGACGGGGGUGGGGAGGAGGGGGGAGGGGGUGCCGGAUUUGGAGGUUGGGGUUGCGAUGUGUGGGGAGCUUUAG